AAAAUAUUGUAUAGUUUUCGACUGACGAGAUUUUAAUGUACAUGCAUUUCAAUUGCGUUACUUCCUUUUUCUUUCGAGUGCGGAUCGUAAUAUUUCACUGUUAAAUUACACAUCUACAGUAUCACUCUUAAGUGAUAACAAAGGAGUGGUCACAGCAAUAUCAAACAGAUCAAUAAGGAAAGUGCAAGUGCAGAAAUUAAAGGCAAGCCAUAGCGGUUUAAAUUACACUUAUUUUAUGCAUUAAAGAGGGCUGGUCUACCAAGGACAUAUUUUCCAUAAUGAAACAAUAGAAAUGUUUAUCACAUAAACCGCGACAAAAGAAUGUAAUAAAUCAAUUCAAUGAACGCGAUAACAAAAUUAUAAUAACACUUGAACUUGGCGCAAUGUGCGUUACAUGCACACAGGCUAACGUUUCAGGUCGGAAGAUAUUGAAGAGAAGAAAAGGAUACGUUGUAUUAUCUUUGUUUCUUUUGUAUUGUGAAGUUAUGGUAAAUUUUGUGAUAGGAAGUAAAUUUAAGACGAUUCGAGCAGUUUCAAUCAUUUAGUGCAAAAAUGGCUGAUUUGAAUUUUGGAUUUAAAUAGUAACAGACAACGAAAUGAUGUCUUCAACAAUGCUUCAAGCGUUUCUAAUUUUAGUAUGUCAAUUUGGUAUUUCAAUGCAGACUUGCCCAGAGUGCGUAUGCUGCAGAAAUGGACGACAAGAGUGUAAUUCCGAUAAAACGUGUAUCGGAGGAUGUAUAGCCGGCUAUUUUGGUGCGAAAUGCACAGAAAAGUGUCCGGAAAAUUGCAAGACAUGUGAAAAUGAAUACAAAUGUACAGACUGUAAGCCUGGGUACUAUUCAACAAAAUGUAAUAUACCGUGUGGGAAAGGAUGUCUAAAUAAUACAUGCUCGAUAACAGGGAAAUGUCCGUGUAAAUCAACUGAUUUUUACACAGGUAAAUGUGAAUAUUGUGCAGAGAAUGAUAGGUAUGGCGAUGAAUGUAACAAUACUUGUCCCAUGAACUGUUUAUCUUGUUCAUCAGGCACAUAUUGUUCAAUCUGUAAAAACGAUGCAUAUUACGGACCAUAUUGUCAGAACAGAUGUUCACACGGCUGCAGCUAUGGUAAAUGUAUUAAAGAAAAUGGAUAUUGUACAAGGUUAUGCAAGCUAAGAUUUACCGGGGUUAAAUGCGAUACCUGCUCACCUGGUUUUUAUGGACCGUUGUGUGAUUUAAAUUGCCCGGGGAAUUGUUCAGUCUGUACUUCGGAAUCUAAUUGUACACAGUGUAACAGUGGCUUCUAUGGGGAAACAUGUAAAGAUGAUUGUCCAUCUGGCUGUAACGGACCAUGCUCAUUUACUGAUGGUCGUUGCUAUGCUUGUAAACCAAAUUUCUUUGGCUCAUUUUGUGACGAUCAAUGUUCUACUACAUGUAAAUCAAAGGAAAGCGAACGUCGAUGUGAUAAUAUAACAGGACAAUGUUUUUUCGGAUGCAAAGAUGCUUACCAUGGAGAAACGUGUGACAAGAAAUGCAGCAGAAAUUGUGUAAAUACAACUUGCAAUCAGGUGACAGCAGAAUGUCUAUAUGGCUGUAUAAACGGAGAAGUAGGACCUGCAUGUUUUCAAGCAAAACCAACAAAGGAUGAUGUCGAAGACAGACAUUCUGUAAGUACACUGUUAGGUGCCACAUUCGCAGCAGGCCUGGUCGGUGUUAUUUGUGGAGUAACAAUCACGCUUGUGUUGACUUUAUGGCGGCGGAGAAAUGGCCGACAAAUGAAAGGCGAAAGUGAAGACACACACGUGCAUACUAAUGGAAGGUUAAACGAUGACAACGCUAACGGGAUUGGCUCCCCUGCUACAUAUGAGGAGUUGAAGUCACGUGACGAGAGAUUAUACAGUCAGAUAACUACAAGUCCGCAGCAGAUGUCACAACCCGCAUAUGAUUAUGUUAACUAAAGCUCCUAAUUGAAAGAGAGUUAAUGUACAUACUUUCGUGCAUUAAUUUCCGCAGAAACAAGAGGAUACACUUAAAGCACGACUCCGUAGAGCAUCGGAUUUAAUAUGUUCGAUGCAAUGUGCUAUUCUUGCAUAAAAAAUAUGUCAGAUUUAAAAAGUCUUCGUCAAAAAUUUCGCUUUUUCUAAACAAAAGAAAAUAUUUCAAACAAAUGGCGAUGCCAUUUCUAAAUUAUGUUUUGACUUUUUGUUUAACCAUUAUUGAAGUAAGCUAUUUUCACAUGCCACCCUGAGUUACGCAUAUUAAAAAAGAAAGAUAUAUGUGCAUUUAAUCGUUUAAUGUUUUUUUUAACCUUUAAUUUCUUAUAUUUUUGCGCACUUUUUAUGCCAUAUGGAGAUAUAUCUGCAAAAAAGACACAAUAACAUUUCAAUAGUUUUAUUAUGUACUAUCAAAUGCGAAAAAACAAAACAAAAAAGAACAAAUAAACAAACAAGCAAAAUCAGUGGCAAACUGUCUCAUAAUUUUCGGAAUGUGAUACAGUCAUAUAUUUGAAGACUUAUAAUUAGUUUCGGAAGCUUUUGAUUAAUUUCGGAAACUGACCUGAGUGGUUGAUAUAGAUACUAAUUACCAACAAGUGUUUAGGUGAACAUGAUGAAACGAUUAUGCUACUUAUGUACAAAAAUUGUCUUGGAGAUGAAGUUCAUUAUCUUUUUGAAUGCACACAUUUUUCUAAUUAUUAGAAGAAAUAUAUUCAAAGAUACAAUGUUAACAACCCAAAAUCUUAUAAGUUAAAGGAACUAAAGUCUUAUAAAUUGUACAAAUAAAAUAAACUUAUUUAACUUGCUUUAUUUUGUAAGCUUUUAUUACAAAGUAUUUGAUAACUCAUUCUCCAUUCUCAUUCUUUUUUUUUAUUUUUGUUUAAUAUAGGGAGUCUGUAUAUAUGUCUUACAUAGUUCGAUAAGUGUUUGUAUCCACUAGUGCUAUGAACCGUUUAUUUUUUGUUUUGUUUAUAUUUUAUAUAUUCUUAGUAGUUUUAAUCAUUACAUGCAUGUAAUAUGCCAUGAUUGAAUUAUUAAAUCAGCCAUUUCUGUGUGAUAUAAAACAUGUGAAUGCAUUAAAAAUUGCUUUAUUAUUAAUUCGAUUUUAUAUUUCUAUGCAUCAAGAAUUAAAAGAAAUAAUGUUUGUUAUAGUAUAUUAUUAAGUUUAUCAAAGUUAAUUUUGUAGGUGGGUAGGUAAGUAGGUAGGUAGGUAGGGUCGGUCGGUCGAUCGGUCUACCUACGUAGGUAGGUAGGUAGGUGAAUUAUUAUCAUGUACAAACAACAUGAUGUAUAUAGAUAUUAAGACGUAAUUUUCAUUGACUAACUCUUACAUGAUUAAAGAUCCAUUAUGCCUCAAAAAAUGAUAUAACUUUAUUGCUCAAAAGCUUUUUAUCCUUUUGGCCUGUCAUAACUUGCAAAAAUUACUCAUUGGGCAAUUAUCAUUAACAUCUUUUGGUUCUGUUGCUUUUUAGUUAUCAGUAUAGUUUUUUUUUUAUCUAUUUAGUAUUUUGUAUGUUAGAUACUUCUUACCUUAAGAAGAUAUCGAUGAAUGUGAAAUAAUUUGUAAAAGAAGCAGCAAAAUGUAUACAAAGUAGUAUUUUUACUUCCAUGCAAAAUACUCUUUCGCAAAAACUGUAUAAAAUUUAUUGCCAAAAAGCAACUGAUGAAAAAUGAAUGGUAUUAUAAGAUAACACUAACAUCUGAAAGCUUUUGAGAAAUAGUAGCAAAAAACGUUACUAAAGCACAUUGGGCCUUAUAAAACAACUUAUUCAAAAUAAUACUACCGAAGUGCAAGGAGCGCGCUGUUAUUGUAUAUUAGGUCGGAUCUGUCAUUACAGUCCACACUAUAAUACUUAUUAUUAUUGUUGCUAUUAUUCACCAAAUUCCUAAAAACUUAAAUGUAAGAAUGAGACAGCUUUUCCAAUAAGACAAAUGACAAUGCACCUGCUAUUUUGGUUUCAAAUCUAUGAUUACACGUUUCACAAUUUUCAGGACAUUCUUCUCUGUCAUAAUAAUCGGAUUAGCAUCAUUUCAUUCAUGAAAUUGUUAUUUUAAUCAAACGUAUGUUCUAUUUUUU